CCUCCCAGUCAUGAUCGCAGUGCUCAUAGCGAACGCCAUAUCGCAGCUGUUGCAGCCAUCCAUAUACGACAGCAUCAUCCAGAUCAAGAAGCUGCCGUACCUGCCGGAUAUACUUACGUCCACAAACGCCUACUCCAUCUACGUGGAGGACAUCAUGGUGCGGGAGGUGCAGUACAUCUGGCACGGCAUCAGCCACCGACAGCUGCGGCAGGUGCUGCGAGAAAACAAGAAGCUCUCCAGCGUGCCGCUGGUCGACUCUCAUGACUCGAUGGUGCUGCUGGGUAGCAUCAAGCGGAAACACCUGGUGCUGCUCCUGGAGAAGCACCUCGGACGCGACCGACGCAUGGAGGUGGUCACGCGAUGGCAGCGAGCGGCGCAAAAGGUGCGCCUGUCGCGGCCCAACCGCAGCUGGAAGGACCUGGUGGCGCUGGCCACGGCUGAACACCGGGAGGAGCAGCCGACAUUGCCGGAGCUGCGUAUCACUCCAACAAGCCUCUCCGAGGCCGGCGACGACGAGGAGCAGGUCCCGUACGGACAGGGCCCGUACGGACAGGGCCCGUACGAACAGGACCCGUACGAACAAGGGCCCGGCCCCCGUAGCAACAGGGCCCGCAUCGACAGGGCUCGUACCGACAGGGCCUGUACGGACACCUCCGCCGGCAUGACGCCGCUCCUAUCCGGCUGCCUGUUCAGCCCGCUGACGCAGGCGGUGGCCGGCCUCUCGUCAGCCUCCUCGCCCACCUCGUCUGACCCCAGCACUGCGCCGCAGGCGGUGGCCGGCCUCUCGUCGGCCUCCUCGCCCACCUCGCCGCCGGAUCGCCGGCCUCUGCGGCCAAUCCUGAAGAAGACUGACUCGUUUAGCCUGCGCUCGGCGAAGGCCGGCUCGCACAGCUGGUUCGGGUCGUCCUACGCCACCGUCACUGGCAGCAGCGACACCAGGCUCUCCGACGCCCCUCCUGUCCCCCGCUGUGUGCGGUCGCUACACGUCUGUCUGCCCGUCGGUUCCGUCACGCUCCGAGCGCCCACCACGUCCGGCGCCGCUGAAAUGAUGGAGCGGAUCGGUGGUUACUCGAUCGUCGGUGCCGCCGCGCUAGCCGGCUCCGUCACGCACACCAUCUCUACCUCAGUAAUCGUGUUCGAACUCACCGGUCAGAUCACCCACAUCCUCCCAGUCAUGAUCGCAGUGCUCAUAGCGAACGCCAUAUCGCAGCUGUUGCAGCCAUCCAUAUACGACAGCAUCAUCCAGAUCAAGAAGCUGCCGUACCUGCCGGACAUACUUACGUCCACAAACGCCUACUCCAUCUACGUGGAGGACAUCAUGGUGCGGGAGGUGCAGUACAUCUGGCACGGCAUCAGCCACCGACAGCUGCGGCAGGUGCUGCGAGAAAACAAGAAGCUCUCCAGCGUGCCGCUGGUCGACUCUCAUGACUCGAUGGUGCUGCUGGGUAGCAUCAAGCGGAAACACCUGGUGCUGCUCCUGGAGAAGCACCUCGGACGCGACCGACGCAUGGAGGUGGUCACGCGAUGGCAGCGAGCGGCGCAAAAGGUGCGCCUGUCGCGGCCCAACCGCAGCUGGAAGGACCUGGUGGCGCUGGCCACGGCUGAACACCGGGAGGAGCGUCGGCUCCGGCUCCGGCGCGGUUCCUCCCGGUUCGCCGUGACGCCCGUGAGGCCGACAUUGCCGGAGCUGCGUAUCACUCCAACAAGCCUCUCCGAGGCCGGCGACGACGAGGAGCAGGUCCCGUACGGACAGGGCCCGUACGGACAGGGCCCGUACGAACAGGACCCGUACGAACAAGGCCCGUACGGACAGGGCCCGUACGAACAGGGCCCGUACCAUCAGGGCCCGCGUCCACAGGGCCCGUACCGACAGGGCCCAUACCGACAGGGCCCGUACCGACAGGGCGGUGGCGGCCUCUCGUCGGCCUCCUCGCCCACCUCGCCGCCGGAUCGCCGGCCUCUGCGGCCAAUCCUGAAGAAGACUGACUCGUUUAGCCUGCGCUCGGCGAAGGCCGGCUCGCACAGCUGGUUCGGGUCGUCCUACGCCACCGUCACUGGCAGCAGCGACACCAGGCUGAGGGCGACAGCUGAGGACGUGCUGCAGAGGGCGAGGGAGACGCGGGUGGAGGAGCCGCCGCAGCCGCCGCCACCGCCGGAGAAGCGGGUUACACUGCCGGUGGAGAGGGUGAUCGAUAUGUCAUACGAGGAUCAAAAGCUCUGGGAGGAAGAAGAGCUCGACAAAGAAGUUAACUUUGAUGACUGCAAAAUAGACCCGGCGCCAUUUCAGCUGGUGGAGCGCACCUCCCUGCUGAAGGUGCACUCGCUCUUCUCCAUGCUGGGGCUGAACCACGCUUACGUGACGGCCAUCGGCCGUCUGAUCGGCGUUGUGGCCCUCAAGGAGCUGCGCCAUGCGAUCCAGCGUGCCAACCACUUCUUGCCGGAGGUGGAGGCCGAGUCGGAAGACCUGCCGUCCUCGGCGACCAGCAGCGUGGCGAUGGAGCGCGGGUCUCCGCGACUGACUCGCCGCCGGCCGAGCCACAGGGGCGACGGGCUCGUGUGACGCCGCCGGAGGCCGCUCACCUGACCCGGCUGGCUCACCUCACCUGGGCAGCUCACGUCGUCGGGAUCUGUCCUCAUCUGCAGACCUCACCUCUCUUUGGGGGUCUGCCGUAACCUGGAGGGCCCACCUCAUCUGGGGAGCUCGCCGCUCUCCCUGGGAGUUGCCUCAUCUGAGGAGCUCACUGCUCACCUGAGAGCUCACUGCUCACCUGAGGACCUCACUGCUCACCCGGUGAGCACGGCGUGCCCGGCCCUGCGGGGGUCCGGCAGUGCGGCACGUCUCGCUGUUUCAGCGCUCCAGCGUCACAUCCAUCGGGUCGUCAGACUGCCACAAACGGAACCAGCCGGCUGUGGGCAGGGGGCCGACCGGCCGCCGCCGCCAUGCCGGCUUCAAUGUUCACCUCAGAGGCACGUGCCGCUGCCGCUCGAGGGGGCGAGCCCGGGUGCCGUGCUCCCCCGUCUGCCCUGUGCGGCUCACUGCUGGUCCCAUCGGUGGACCGAGGGACCGCUCGGUGAGGCGUCAGUGGUGUCAGAGGAGGUCACUGGUCCGCACCGCCGCGCCGGCCUACCCGCCACGGCCGCAGCAGCAGUGC